AUGCCUCUUUUGAGCACGUUAUUAUCGCGGGAUGUUCCGCAGAAUUUUUAUAAAUUCCAAUUUCAACUCUAUUCCGCUUUAUUUUUUGUUGGUCUAUUAGGUUUUCUGUAUUUAAGUUCGCCGAUUAUUAGUCGUCGAACAUAUUUAUCUGAAAAUGCUCUAUCACCUGGUCUUGUUUCUAGUGAUUUAUAUGUAUCUGUUGAACAUGUUCGUCAUAUUAUGGGACAAUUACGAACAGGAUAUAAAAAUCAUAAUAUAACUGAUGUUAUUCAAUUAAUAUUAAUUGAAAAUGGUAUUGAAGCAUAUAAACAAGAUAUUGGAAGAAAUUCAACUAAUAAACAAGAAGAAAAUAUUUAUGGUAUUGUACGUGCACCAAGAUUAGCAUCAACAGAAUCAAUUAUUCUUGUUGCACCACUUCAUGUUCGUACUCAAACAAAACUACAACAAUACAAAGCUAAUCUAUUUGGUAUUGCUCAUACAUUAGCAAUUGGUUUUGCACUUCAUCGUAAACCUUAUAUGUCAAAAGAUAUUAUUCUUCUUUUUCCUGCUGCACAAGAAUAUGGUACACGUGUAUGGUUAGAUGCUUAUUUUAAUAAUAAUCCAUAUUCUUUACCACUUGAUGCUCAUGCUGGUUCAAUACAAGCUGGUUUAGCAUUAGAAUUUCCUCAUGAAAAAUUCUAUUCAAUUGAUUUACGACAUAAUGGUAUUAAUGGUCAAUUACCAAAUCUUGAUUUAAUAAAUACAAUUGUUCAAUUAUGUGAUAAAAAUUCUAUAGCAACUACAUUAUAUAGUGUUUAUGUUGAUUUAUCAACAAAUGAACCAUUUAUUAAUUAUAUACUUAAAUCAACACGAACAUUAUUACUUAAUGUUUUAACAUUAGCAACUGGUAUAUCUGAUGGUGUGCAUGGACAAUUUUUACAUUAUCGUAUUGAAAUGAUGACUCUUUUUGGAAGUUUAGACAAACAUCAUGAAUAUCAAACUUCUCCUAUUACAAUGAGAGCUUUUGAUGAUGUUAUUGAAGGUUUCAUUCGAAGUUUAAAUAAUUUACUUGAACGUUUUCAUCAAUCAUUUUUCUUUUAUCUACAUGUAAAUCAUCGAAAUUUUGUUUCAAUUGCAACAUAUAUGAUUCCACUUGGUUUAAUGGUUUUACCAGCUUUAAUUCGUUCACUUGUUCUUUAUAUGUCAUUUUGUAAUUCAUCAUCAACAAAUUUAUUUAGUACACAUGGUCGUACAAUGAAAUUUUAUAUUGAUCAUACACCAAUAUUUAUUGAAAUAUUUCAAUGUCUUGCUAUAUCAUAUGUAUUAACAUGGAUACCUUUAAAAUUAUCUUUAUUAAUUGUUAGUUUAAUAACAAUGUUUAUAAGUCCAUUGAUAUUACGUCGAUUUCAUUCAACUAUAUAUGAAUUUGAUUAUUUUCAAUUUAUUCUUUUAUUAAUUGGUUCAGCUUUAUUAGGUUGUCUUUCAUUAUUAAAUUAUUCUAUGGCUUUUCUUACUGCUUGUUUUCUUAUGCCAUGUUAUAUGUUUGCAGGAUUUUCAAAAUUAGAUCAUUGGUUUAUUAAAUUAUUUUGUCGAUUAUUAUUUAUUAUAUUUCUUAAUCCAUUAGUUUUUCUUGCUCUUUAUUAUUAUUUAACACGUAUAUUAAUGAAUGGUACAAUAAUUUUUCCUGAUUUUGUUCAAUUUUCAAAUGAUCUUGAUACAUAUUUUGCAUCUUAUCAUUUGUUUAAUACUUGGACAGUAGAUGUUGUGUGUUUAACAAUUAUACCAAUAUGGUUAUUACUUUAUCGAUCAACAUUUUCCAUUCGAUUAUAA